ACCGGCGGUGGGCAGGCAAGCACGCCGUCGCAAACCAUGGAGCGGUGCUUCCUCGGAGACCGCGUGCUGCUGGGGGACGGGUACCUGGGGCCGGCCGCGUUGCACGUGGUGGACGGCAAGAUCACGAGCGUGGUGCGGCAGCGGGCCCCGCCGCCGCCGGACGUCCCGGUGACUGACUUCGGCCCUCUGGUGGUGAUGCCAGGCCUCGUCGACAGUCACGUGCACGUUAACGAGCCGGGCCGCACCGAGUGGGAAGGCUUCACCAGCGCCACCCGGGCGGCGGCGGCCGGCGGCAUAACCACCAUCGUCGACAUGCCGCUGAACUCGAUCCCGCCGACGACGACGCCGGAGAACUUGGCGGCCAAGCUGGACGCGGCCAAAGACCAGUGCUUCGUGGACGUGGCCUUCUGGGGCGGCGUGGUGCCGGGCAACGAGGCCUGCCUGCGGCCGCUGCUGGAGGCCGGCCUGCCCGGCUUCAAGUGCUUCCUCAUCAACAGCGGCGUGGACGAGUUUCCGCAUGUGACCGCUGACCAGGUGGAGACGGCACUGCAGCGGCUCUGUGGCACGGGCGCCGUCCUCCUGUUUCAUGCUGAGGUCGACAUCGGAGUGGAUCCCCCCGGAGGGGACCCGAAACAAUACGCCACCUUUUUGGCCUCGCGACCCAGGAAAAUGGAAAAUGAAGCCAUCAAGGUCGUUGUGGAGCAGUGUCGAAAAUAUGGAGUGCGAUGCCACAUCGUGCACCUGUCCUCAUCGGACGCCCUGGAGAUGAUCGCAGAGUGCAAGUCGACAGGCGCGCCUCUGACGGUGGAAACAUGCAACCACUACUUGACGUUCCAGUCGGUAGAUAUCCCUGAUUGCGCCACCCAGUACAAGUGCUGUCCACCGAUCAGAGAAGAAGAGAACCGGGAGGCGCUGUGGGAAGCGGUCAAGAGCGGGCUGAUCGACCUGGUCGUCUCGGACCAUUCGCCAUGCACGCUGGACCUCAAACAGCCCGGUGUGAUGGACUUCAUGGAGGCCUGGGGCGGCAUCGCCUCCGUCCAGUUUGACCUGCCGGUGUUUUGGACAGAGGCGGCGCGGCGCGGCCUCUCCCUGCACGACGUGUCGCGCCUCAUGUCCAACAACACGUCCCGCCUGGCCGGCCUGCAGUCCCGUAAGGGGGCGCUGCGGGACGGCAUGGACGCCGACUUCGUCGUCUGGGACCCCGACGAGGAGUGGACUGUAGCCGAGGAGGAUAUCAUCUUCAAGAACAAGAUAUCUCCGUACAUCGGGAGGCGUGUACGCGGACGAGUCCACCAGACCCUGGUGCGGGGGGAGGUCGUGUUCAGCGACGGUCAAGUGGUGGAGGUGGCCACGGGCAGUCAGCUGUUACUGGGACCGCCAGCGGCAGAGCCCGACGCCGCCAAGCUGUGAGGAGGACGUGUUCGCGUAGUGGUCGUGCUCGUCACAGGAGAGCGCCCAUACCACCAGGGGCGUUAUGUUUGCUGCUCGAAGUUAAGAUUAGUCAAGCAGGGGCUUCGUUGCUUAUAAUAGAAAUGUCCCGGCCUCUGCAAAGGCAUGGAUCAAUCAAUUCAAAGCCGCGUAAGCCCAAAAAUCCGCUAAUAUCACUCUGUCCCUAAUUGUGUGCCAUAUGCAAAGAAAGCCAUCAGAGCGUUUGUUUGGGGAUAAUGAAGACUGAAUGGGCGUGCCCAUAAUGAUGACUUCUGCAUCUUUUCGUCAUAUGGAAGCAUCUCUUUGCUGUGCGAGCCCUUUUCAUCUCCGCCUUCCGCUUUCGCACAAACAGGUGGUCUGCUGCUGGCUGCUGGUGAAUGCUUCAGGGGUGUACAAUCUUAGGCAAGACAAGCAAAUUCCCUCCGACUAGGAAUACGGCCUGUGCUAGGGAUUUCAAGAGUGGCUGUCGUGUUGUCAUGUUUAUGAUCCAAUUAUUUUGAUUGAUAAACAAUAAACAAUUGCCAUGGACAGAUGCAAAGCAUUGCUUCAGGUAACUGUGCAUCUCCACUGCAACAGCUGAGCGUCCA